AUGUCGACCGAAACCAAGGAAGUAAAACCUUCUGACUUGCAGAAAGCAGCGAUGGACUUGACAUCGGACAGCAAGUCCAGUUCCGAGGGGCAGACGACGAUAUGGCCUGAAAGAGAGUUGCCGGAGCUUCUCAGAGACUUGUCAGAAGAAGAAUUGAAGAGUCUUGAGAAGAAGUUGAUAAGGAAGGUUGACUUGCGAAUGCUGCCUACAAUGAUUCUGAUCUAUAUCAUGAAUUACCUCGACAGAAAUGCCAUCGGCUCGGCAAGGCUGGGCGGUUUGGAGAAAGACUUGGGUCUGACUGGCAAUGAAUUUCAGGGCGUGUUAUGUGCCUGUAGCGGCGCAACACAUAGCUUUGGCGGACUGGUGGCAACUCGAUUCUUUCUUGGGUUUGUUGAAGCAGCCUUUUAUCCAGGCUGCCUCGCAACUCUCAGCUCAUGGUACAUUCGUAAAGAACUUGGCGUCCGUACCGGACUAUUCUACAGCGGCUCCAUGCUUUCGGGGGCUUUCUCGGGUCUAAUCGCAGCCGGCAUCACGAACGGCAUGGACGGCGCCCGCGGCCUGCUAGCCUGGCGUUGGCUCUUCAUCAUCGAGGGAUCGCUUACCGUCGCUAUUGCCCUCGGCGCGUUCUUCGUGCUGCCAGACUUCCCAGCCAAUACCAAGUGGCUGACAGACCAAGAACGACAGCUGGCCAUGUGGCGCAUGGAAGUCGACGCUGCGGGCGAGGAGGACUGGACGAGCUCAUCAUCGCAGCCCAUCUUUGAAGGCUUCAAGAUGAUCUUGGUUGAUCCUAUCAACUGGAUUCUUGUCGUACUUGUCUACGGCGCCGCGUCCUCGAUUUCGAUUAAUAGCUUCUUCCCCACCGUCGUUGCGAGUCUCGGAAAGGAUCGCAUCACAACGCUGCUUCUUACUUCGCCGCCUUACCUCUUGGCAUGCAUCGUUUGCGCGGCAGUAUCUUGGAACGCCGACCGUAUGAACGAGAGGUACUGGCACACCGUCGCCCCGCUGGCUUGCUCGCUCGUCGGAUUCAUCAUCUCCAGCGCCGCGACAGGCAUUGGGCCCCGAUACUUUGGUGCCAUGAUCAUGCUUCCUGGGAUCUAUACUGGCUUUAAUAUGUCCAUGGUUUGGACUGCUAACACGAUCUAUCGACCUACGGCGAAGCGCGCCGCUGCGGUGGCGUUUAACAACGCGUUUUCUACGCUCUCAGGCAUCUACGGAUCUUACUUGUACCCCAACAACGCGACGCCGAGGUUCGUCUUAGCUUUCAGUGUGAAUGCCGCGAUGGCGUUGAUGGCGAUUGUUGCUGCCACUGUGUUGCACUUUGUUUUGAAGAGAGAGAACAAGAAGUUGGAGAUGAGGGAGCAAGAAGCUGAGGCUGCUGGGCAGGCGCAACUCAUUGGAAAGGGUUUCAGAUAUCUUAUUUGA